CAGAGAAGUCGCCAGAAUGUGACGAUGCUGUGUCAAAGGAUAUGUCAACAGAGAAGUCGCCAGCAUGUGACGAUGCUGUGUCAAAGGAUAUGUCAACAGAAAAGUCACCAGCAUGUGAUGAUGCUGUGUCAAAGGGUAUGUCAACAGAGAAGAUGCCAGCAUGUGAUGAUGCUGUGUCAAAGGAUAUUUCAACAGCAUGUGAUGAAGAUAAGUCAACAGAGAAACCAACUGUAUUGAAUGAAUUGCCAGAGGAAAAGUCAAUAGUGUGUGAUGAGAGAUUUUCCAAAGAAAAGGCAACUGCAUAUGAUGAAGUUUUGUUGGAGGAGAUGCCAAUAUUUGAUGAAGAAUUAUUAGAAAUGAAGUCAAUUGCGUGUGAUGACAUAUCAGGAAAUAAGACAACUCCAUGUGAUGAGAAUUUUUUUAAAGAAAAUUCAACUAAAUUUGAUGUACAAUUGUCCGAGAUGUUUGAUGAAGAUUUGUCAGGAGAGAAGUCAAUUGUAAAUGAUGAAAAAUUAUCAGGAGGAAAGACUUCUGCAUUUAAUGAGGAUUUGUCAUCAGAAACAUUAUCUGAUUGUGAUGAAAAUUUGCCAGAGGAGAUAUCACCAUGUAAUUUAGAUUUGUCAGGAGAGAGACCCUGUGUGUGUAAUGAAAGUGUUGAUAUACCAGUCAUCCAUAAGCAAGAAGUAUCUCAGGGUCAGGAGAAAACGUUGAAGCCUUUGAUUGAGGAUGGUUAUGGUGAUGACAACAGAGACAAUGAUGAUGAUGAUGAUGAUGAUGAAAAUGGUUGGUUUGGUCCAAGGAAACUGUUCUUUUUCCAUAUAGAUUAUUUUAAGGCUGCUGGAAAAGAUUUCUGCUGACAAGAAAGAAAAGAAAGACAUUUGUAAUAAGAUAGAAAAC